AUGUGGUACCUGGGGUGGUGCGUUUGGGUUUGCACAUUAUGAGAGCAGAGGCUGGAGCUUCUCAGAGCUGACAUCUCUCUCUGAUUUCAGGAAUUGUCCUUCAACUUUUAAAAGAAAGAAGGAGAAGCAAGGAACUAAUGUGAGACAGGAAAGCCAACAGCAUCAGCCUGGCAGGAAGGCUCCAACGUAUGAAGAUGUUCCGGAGUUUCCUGUCUGUGCCCCUGUGAGUAAACCCAGGAGUAUGAAGCAGGAUGACAGCAUUCAUUACGCAGACAUCCAGGUGUUCACCAAGGUCCGGGAGCGCUCUGCAGCAGAGGUGAAGAACCUACAAAUGCAGAAUGCCACAGAGUAUGCCACCCUCAACUUCCCCCGGCCCAGGCUGAAAUAUGACAGCAAGAAUGGGACCCUGGUAUAA